AAGUUGGGUUUUCGUGCAAUAUUUGCAAUUUUCAACAAAAAAAAAUAUAUAUAUAUUAAUUAUCAUUAGGAUGCUCCUAAUCGAUUGUUUAAUUGUGUAUCUGCUAAAUCAGAGAUUGUGAAAUUGUCAUUGAGGUUACAAUGUGAAACCGAAUGUCGAAUUUCCAUUAUUGUUAAAAUCAUCGACCUCUAUUUUUAAGUGUUUUUUGAGGGUCUAAUUUCGGUGGAUUAAAACAUAACAUUUUUCUGAAUGAUGAUGAAAAUAAUCAAAAGUUGUCAACAAUUAAACACACAUUUCGUGCGAUUACUUGGGGAUAUUUUGAUGAUGAUGGAGUUGAAGUGUUAAUCAAGUUUUUUGAAGCUCUAGUGAAAUAGCGGAAAUAAUGGAAUGUAAUCAGAAUCUUGGAUAUCUCCUGAAUAAAUUAUGAAAAUCAAUUGUCAUAUUUGUCAAAGAUUUUGAAAAUAUCUUUAAAAUGAGAUGAGAUGAUGGUAUGAAAUUGAAUUUUCAAUUUCACUUGACCAAUUUUCAGAUGUUGGAGUUUUAAAAACGUAGUCAUCUUAUUGGAUGCCUAUUUAUUUAUUUAUUCAUGUUUCGACUUUUUUUUUUAAUGGUAAAAUGAUUGAAUUGAUGAAUUUGUCAUUGUUGAAAGGUUAUCGAUGGGGAUGCCCGACGGUGCCACGGAGGUGGUUGACUCACUCUGCUCAUUUCAUUGAUAUGAUCGAGAGUGUGUCUAGACGAGCGCUGAGUGGCUCCAGUGGGAGCUACCACGUUCGAGGAGCCGAACUGGCGCGCGACAGAAGAUUAAAAUCUUUAUCAGCCACUGUUGUCUUUCUCGAUGAUACCCAGCACACAUUCCAGCUGGACAAACGGGCCAAGGGUCAAGCACUCCUUGACCUUGUCUUCCAUCAUCUGGAGCUCAUCGAGAAAGACUACUUUGGACUGCAGUACGCGGAAAGCGGAAGCAAUUCGUCAAAUUGUCCUGAUAUUAUGCGGUGGUUGGACCCUUCAAAGCCCGUGAAAAAGCAGAUAAGAAGUAAGGGUGGACAAUUUUUCUUCCGUGUCAAGUUCUAUGUGUCAGACCCUAGUAAACUUCAGGAGGAAUAUACCAGGUAUCAGUUUUACCUCCAAAUAAGAAGGGAUAUUCUGCAGGGAAAGCUGCAGUUGCCUGUGAGCACAGCCUGUUUGAUUGCCAGUUAUACAGUUCAAUCAGAACUGGGGGAUUAUCACCCUGAGGAGCAUGGGCCAGGCUAUCUCUCCAGGCUGCAACUCAUCCCUGGACAGACUGAGGAAAUGGAGAAAAAGAUUUGUGAACUGCACAAGCUUCACAAAGGACAACUCCCUGCUGAUGCUGAAUUCAAUUUCCUGGACCAUGCUAAACGAUUGGACAUGUAUGGAGUGGAGUUACACAAGGCAAGGGAUUCAACAAACAAAGAGAUCCAACUAGGAGUAACGUCAAUAGGUCUCGUUGUUUUCCAAAACAACACAAGAAUAAACGUAUUCUCGUGGUCUAAAAUAGUGAAGAUAUCCUUCAAGAGAAAGCAAUUUUUUAUUCAACUUAGAAGAGAGCAGUCUGAGAGCUAUGACACCCUCCUAGGCUUCAACAUGCAAACGUAUAGGAGUUCAAAGAACCUCUGGAAAGCGUGUGUAGAACACCACACGUUCUUCAGACUCCACAGUCCCAAAAUGAGGCCGAGGAGAUUUCCCCUGACCCUCAGCAGCAGAUUCACAUACUCAGGGAGAACGGAGUAUCAGACUGUUGAGGAUGGCAAGUACAGGGCUAGGGUUGAGAGGACAUUCAUCAGAUCCCCGAGUAAACGACUGAUGCAUGGGGUCCAGGCACCAAUCGUCGAGGAGAAGGGAAAAAUUGCAAUAGCACCUGCACGACCACCAAGACCUUAUGACAAUAAAGUGCAGUCCCUAGGGUCCAGGGAGCCACGACAGGCAUGGGGGGAGGGAAAUCCAAGUGAUGAAGAAGAGAUCAAUGGAUCACAUAGCCAGGGAGGAGGAGCUUUCUCACCGGUUUUAGGAUCUAGAAUUCUCAGUUACGUGGACGAUGAUACCGCUGUUGAGAGGAAUAUUUAUGAUAUACCUGAUUACAGUGAACCUACUAGUUCACCAGCUCCCCAGGUACACGAUGAGGGUCUAGUAACGAUCACUCUCACUCCAGACGAGCAAGGACGCUUUGGCUUCAACGUGAAAGGAGGCCUGGACCUUGAUAUGGCUAUUUUGGUGUCUAGGGUGGCUCCCAAUACACCAGCUGAUCGCUGUUAUCCCAAGUUGAAUGAAGGAGAUCAGGUGGUCUACAUAAACGGCAUCGACGUGUCUGGAAUGCUUCACGAGCACGUGGUAAACCUCAUUCGCCAGUCUCGCGAUACUGGAAACGGUGAAUUAAGCCUGACAGUCCGUCCUUACGCUCUUUACAACGCCCUGGCAGGCACAGAGGAUGCAAUAGAAGAGGAGCCCCCAUACAGAUAUGUCCCAGACGUUCCCCAUGUCACCGUGGGGUCAGACGCUCUGACCCAAUCUAUGCUCCUCCUCGCUGAUGGCCUCGCCAGUGGAGCACUGAUCGCUCAAUAUGAACAGCUUUACAGGAAGAACCCAGAGCUAACAUCCCUGGAGUCGAAAAAAACAGAGAAUCAGAACAAAAACAGGUACAGGGAUAUUUCUCCUUAUGACGUGACUCGAGUAAUCCUCAUGGGCUCGACAAACGGUGACUAUAUAAAUGCCAACUACGUGAACAUGGAGAUCCCCGGCUCUGGGAUCAUCAACAGGUAUAUCGCGACCCAGGGGCCCCUAGUCUCAACAGUCGCUGAUUUCUGGCAGAUGGUCCUGGAGGCUGGAAGCACUCUUGUUGUCAUGCUGACGACUCUUGUUGAGAGAGGUCGAACCAAGUGCCAUCAGUACUGGCCGAAUGUCAACGAGUCUCUCACCCUUAGAAAUUUGACACUGACCUCGACCUCAGAGAAGACUGAGGACUUCUUCGUUUUCCGAGAGUUUGUGGUGAGGGAUACCAACACUGGGGAGGAGAGGGACAUUACUCAUAUGCAGUACUGUGGAUGGCCUGAUCAUGGGGUGCCUGGGGACUGGAGACAGUUCACUGGCUUCACUGAGAGGGUCAGGGCUGCCAGGACUGGGAUGGUGGAACCUGCUGUCGUUCAUUGCAGUGCGGGAAUUGGAAGGACUGGGGUUCUAGUCCUCAUGGAGACUGCUCUGUGUCUUAUUGAGGCCAAUCAACCCGUUUAUCCUCUGGAUAUUGUCAGGGCUAUGAGGGAUCAGAGGGCUAUGAUGAUUCAAAAUGCUAGUCAGUACAAAUUCGUGUGUGACGCUGUUCAUAAAGCCUACACCGAGGGCAUAGCGAAACCACUAUUGGAAUUUUCGAGAUAAAAUCAAUUGGCCACCAAUUCCCAAUUCAGUAUGCAAGAAAAAAUCGUAUUUAAAUUUUUAUUAAUUAAAAUUAUCUCGAGAACGAAUGAAUUUAUCGAGAAAUAUUGUUGCACAUUUUUUUAAUAGAAAAAUUAAAUUUUCAACAAAUAAAACUUGCUGGCAUUUUCUCCUAAAACCACUCGUUAAUCAGAUAAUUUCAUGAUUAACAAGAUGGGGGGAAAAAAAAAGGUGAAAUUUAUAAUUUUAUUUAAAGAUAAAUAUCUCCAAAAUGAAUAGUUUUAGGACAUAAUGUCAUCAGACAUUUACCUUUAAACGAAAUAACAUGUCCUACCACUUUUUCACUGAAUUAUUAUUCUUUGAAUGUAUAUGAAACAACCAUACAUCAUUUUUUAAAGUGACAAUAACGCACAUUACUACGAAACCUCCGCAAUUAUAUAUAUAUAUACAUCUAAUAACAGUUGUAAGAAUUGUGAGGACAGUCUCGUAUCCUCAAACAGGCAGUGAGUUAACUUCUCCAGGAGUGUGUUACCUGGACGUGUGAUAGAUUUGAUAUUGAGGAGUUUUCAAUUAAUCAAGUAUUUUUCAUUAACAAAAAGAUAGAAAGACAAAAAAAUCCCACCAUAAUCGUAAUUUUUUAUAGUAUAAUUUUUGCAUGGUGUCCUUCCAAAACUGAAGUGAUUGGCAAUUAUUUAUGCGAUGGGGAGAAUUUUUAUAAUUAAUUUAUAUGUAAGUACCUAGAGGAUACGUAGAAUAGUAUUUUUACCAAUACCCAUAUAAAUCUGUGCCACAAAUUCGUCGGUAGCUAACAACUGAUAAAUCGUCCAGAGCUACAAUUAAACGUAAAAACUCUAAAUUUUUAUACUUAAUGAUAGUCAUAAUUAAUUGGUGUCAAUUUUAUUUUUUUAACGAUAUAAACUAUUCAAAAUUCAUCCCAAUUUCAUAUUUUUAGAAUGAAAAAUUAGAGAUUAAGAAAUUAAAAAGGGCGUAUUAAUAGCUGUCUAGUCGAGUGUUUAAUUUGUACUUUUGACUAUCAUGAAAAACAAAAAAAUAAAAAUAAAUAAAUAAAUAAAU